AAGCUCUUUGAAAGGUUUGAGAAGUUCGAUGUUUUUAGUAGUAAAGUUGAUGUGCGACAUGUUCUAUUGGUCAAUAACGUUCGGAUUGUUUUUCGGGCUUCUGUCAAUUGCCCCACGAGGGGUUUUAGGUCAGAUAGCCUAUACGCGUCAUAUUUCGAACCUACGCAUCAAGGAGUUGAUGAAUCUCGCCGAUCGAUUGGAUCAUUCAAUUUACCAGGAACAUCCGCCUUGUGAGCGGUACUACGAAUAUGUGUGCAACCGGAAUCAACCGAUGUUCUCGAUUAUGGGCAAUUUGCCAUCAGAAAGGGAAUUGAUUUCCUUGUGGAGGGAGCUGCAAAACGAUGGCGAUGGUCAGAAGUUCGAAGCUAAGAACAAAAUGUUGAGUUUUCAUUUGUCGUGUUGCAUAGUUAAAUCAGUUGAUGAUUGUUAUCGGGAGACUUUUGACUAUUUCCGGCCAGUUUUUGGAUAUAUUGUGGCACAUAAACAUAUGGAGAUGCAUGAUCAUCAGAAUCUGAUUGAUUUGCUGGAGAGAUUUAUUAGUCGAGCUAAGAAUACGGAACAUUUCGGGAGUCACUUAUUCAAGUUCAAGAUGGAAGCGUUGAGGGAGAGAUUCAAGGAUCCAAGGGUUUAUUUUAAGACUAACGAUUUAGAUGAAGAAUACAAGUAUGUCAGGAUCUAUAACGAUGGCUACGACCAUAAUAUCAAAGCCCUGGAAGAACUACGCAAAAGCAAUAACUCAACCUACAUGCGCGGUGUGCCCAAAACUAUUCUCGAUUGGACAAUGUACAUGUACCAGAGUCGAAAUAAACCCAUGUCCUAUUAUAUGUCAACCCUCAAUGUCCACCUCUGGAUGAUGUUUUACAAUAGUUCAGCAAGAAUGGAUCCAGCUAAGUAUGGCCGGAUUGCCGACUGUCUCAAACUUCCCCCGGUUCUCAAUGUUCUGGAUGAAGCACGCCUGAUGGCUGUAAUUUAUAUUAAGAGUUUCCAACAAGCCUGGGCUGAAUAUCGGGAUUGGAUCGUAUCGACGCCAGUUACCAAUGAAAUCUACGAUCAUGAAAAUGAAAUUCUAAAGCGUUAUAAAUUGGAUAAUAAGCGUUUGUUUUUCACACUUUAUGCGCAGAACUUUUGUGAUUUCGGGAAGGAAAUAGCUGAGAAUGUGUUCUUUUUGGGGUUGAAGCAGAAUCAAGACUUCUAUAAUGUUUAUUCGUGUGGCUAUCAAACUCCUAAAGGGGCAGAAUGUUUUUAAAUAAGAAAUACAAUUAAAUAUAAUAAAAAUACAAACUUACAAAUAAAUUCUAUCGGAAUUUAAGUUGUUCUAA